AUGGCGGACAUCGUGAAGCAAAUCCUAGCCAAACCGAUUCAACUGUCUGACCAGGUGGUCAAAGCCGCUGAUGAGGCUAGUUCCUUCAAGCAGGAGUGCGCCGAACUCAAGGCCAAGACCGAGAAGCUCGCUGCUCUUCUUCGCCAGGCUGCUCGCGCCAGCAACGACCUUUACGAGCGUCCCACUCGCCGCAUCAUCGAUGACACCGAGCAGAUGCUCGACAAGGCUCUCUCCCUUGUCCUCAAGUGCCGUGCCAAUGGUCUCAUGAAGCGCGUCUUCACCAUCAUCCCCGCCGCCGCCUUCCGCAAGAUGUCCGCUCAGUUGGAGAACUCCCUCGGCGACGUUUCC